GGGAAUCACAUCGAUGGCACAGCCAGCCAGCGAAUGGCAAACGGAAUCGCGCCUCCCAUCCUCUGCUUUCCCCAAAGGCCAGCUCCCUCCACCGCGGCGCCACCGCUCCUAUAAACCAUCAGCUCCCCGUAGGCGCGCUUUCACCGCGACGACAGCGUGAGCAGCCAUGCCGGGGCGGCGGGCGAUCGAGGUCCGGCUGCUGCCUGGCGGCGGCGACGCCGCGGCGCCCAGGUGGCGCAUGUCGCUGCUGGAGAACACGUUCAGCGGGUUCCUCCUGCAGGGCGCCGGCGCCGGCGCCGACGCCGCAGCGAGGGCCGUGUUCGCGGAGGGGUCCCUGUUCAGCCCGUUCCUGUUCGGCAAGUUCUUCGACCCGGCCGACCCGUUCCCGCUGUGGGAGUUCGAGUCCGACGUGCUGCUCGCCGCGCUCCGCCGCGGCAACGCCAGGACCACCGUCGACUGGGCCGAGACCGACUCCGAGUACUACCUCAGAGCCGACAUACCAGGUGGAAGGAGAUGCGACGUGGAGGUGAGCGGGGACGCGAUGAAGGUGAUCGACAUCAGCGGGCUGUGGCGGGCAGUACCGCCGGCGGACGGCCGGGACUGGCGCGCCGGGCGGUGGUGGGAGCACGGCUUCGUCCGGCGGGUGGAGCUGCCGGAGGACGCGGAGUGGAGGAAAGUGGAGGCAUACUUUGACGACGGCGAGGGGUCCCUGGAGAUAAAGGUUCCCAAGACCGCCGAUGAUGAUGCCCACCACGCCACGGCCUGACGCCCGCUGAGAAUCGGAACCUCGCCGCCCCCAUUGGAGGACAGCCAGCAUUAUUCUUCGAACAGUCGGCAAAAAUGGAAAACGACGGCAUAAUCUUCGUGAUUGAUAUUACAAAUUUGCAAGAUACGGAGCACGUAGAGAAGGGAGCAAACUAAAGAUCAUCGCAGCAUGCUGCAUAUGCCUUAAUGCAUGUCCAGAUGUCCCUGAAAAACGAUGUAUGUAAUAUGUUCCUCAGUGCCAACAGUUGAAUUGGCUAGCUAAUUGGCAGUGUCACUGUCGCCUUUGGUCA